AUGAGGGGUUUGAUGUGCUUUAUGUUGUGUCUGACAUUUUAUUCAUGGCGGAUCAAAGCUGCACAGCCGACAGGAUGUAGUUACAGCACAGAAACUGGGUCACGUGGUCUGUAUACCUGUGACUUCGCGGUUAUGUCCCUUCCCGUUACCUACAGUGCCUUCACCAACCCAAUACCCCAGCGUAUUAAGAUCAGGAAUAUCAACGGUAACUUUCCAGUGUCAUCUCCGACGAAGUCUUUUAACGGAUUCGGAAGCUAUUCAACAGCCAGCCAUGACUCAGACUUCACCUCCUAUGUGCAGCUUGAAUGCUCAACCGGAAAUCCUGGGGGACAGGUCAUAAUUUCAUCAGGAACGUUUUGGCAGAUGACUUACCUUGAAGAACUGCAUAUUAAAAACUGUAGGUUAACAAAUGGUCUGCCUGAAUAUGUAUUUGCUGACAUCAAAAGUUUGCACAUAUUAACAAUUGAGGGAGGUUCUAUCGCAGCAACGUCCGGAAACAGUAUGGCCGACUUCAACAUCACCGUAUCUUCGGCGUUAAUCAAUUCCAGAGGCGUUUUAAACUUCACAAAUGUGGCCUUAACUGGAGGAGCGAUAACCAGUGGCUUUUUCUACCCCUUGACCACUGUGGACACCAUCAUCCUGGACAAUAACGGUCUCACCACCGUAGACACCUCCAUGUUCUCUCAGAACACUCGGCUUCGACAACUCUUUAUCAGAAACAACCCUAUCACCUCUAUCCCAAACAAUAUGUUUUCGGGUUUGGACGCCUUGACGUUCGUGGAACUGAGUGGAAUGAGUCUAACAUGUUCCUGUGAAAAUGUCUGGUUCAUCAAGCACUUCAACGACAACAACAUCACUCUUGGAGACGGAGCUCUGUGUUCAAUGAGUACAAAUGUGAAAAAUGCCGAGAAAUAUUAUUAUGAAAACUGUGUGACAUAUGAUAUCUGCGAUGGAAUACCAGGUCUCAUCGUUGGAGACACCUGCUACCACUGGUUUAGGAUUAUCUUUGUCCUCUUACUUAUCCUUGCUAUAAUCCUCGUUAUCUUGGUAUUCGUUCUCCUUUGUCAUACCCGGAAGAAACUGAUGUCGCAGCACGAUAAACUCAGAGCCAAACAGACAGAAAAGUGGUCUAAAAUCCAACAGGUCCUUAACUCUCAGACUGUCAGCAAACAGAAACCGCCUGCCGCCACUUUACCACCGAAGGCUGCCAAUUGGUGAUCACCACAGAUUACUUUACAAUCGCCGAUCACGUGACAUGAAACGUUUAGCACCGCUUUACACAUUCUAUGCUGCUGGUGAACACAUGAGGUUAAUUUGCGUAGUGUGUAUAUGUUUAUAUGUCAAUGAAUCUUUU